AUGUUAGGACUUAAUGACGCAGCCUGUCAUGCUUUCAACGCAGAGUGGUGUCUUGAUCUCCAUGGUUUUCUUAAUCGCGACGAGUUCAACACUCAACUUAAUGAAAUCAACGACUAUACCAAAAAGUAUCCACUAUUGAGCGAAAAAGCAAAGGAUUUUCUUUCACCAUCAAGUUACACCUUCUAUAAUCAUCGAAGUCUGCAAUUUUAUCGGAUACUGGGCGGCAAGAAUGAGAAGAGUAUCAAAGGGCGAGCCACACCAAAAUAUGCCGAGCAUGCAGAGAUAGCACUUGAAAUUCAUGACGCCCUCUCUGAUCUUACCGCUAAUACCGUCCGUGUGAAAAUUGCGGCGGACGCCAUUUCUUAG